GGUGUUGCCAGCCCUACCCCUGUGCUAUGUAUGCGUGCCCCCCCUCCGGAGGGUAUACAAAGCCGAACGCGACGCGACGUAGGUCGGCCCAUGCACAAACUGCACUGCACCUGUAACGUCACAUAAAUCAACAAGCAGCCGAGGGACCAAGAAGUCGCGAGUAAGCAGCAUGCCCACCCAAGUCACCUUCGGCAUUGCGACGACGUUCCUCUUUGGCGUCGACGUGAACGGGUCCGCCUUGCCCAAAGAGAGUGGACCACCCAUCGGGCUCGCCCGAAAGCACCACAGCGUGACGAUCGAACGCAUCGAAGACGCGUGUCCGCGCCGGGGCCGUGUGCGAAAAUUUAAUCAUACCGAGCGCCUCGAGCUGCUCCAGCCACUCUACGACCCGAAAGCACUUGCUGCCUUCUGCUACGAGGCCAUUGACGUGCGCAAGUCGCGCAUUGACACGGAGGAAGAGCGACUCCAGGCCGAGAGCCGCCUCCGCGCGCGGCUCCGGAAGCGCGCCGCCGAGGCCGCGCCGAUCGCCAAGCGCCAACGCAUGAUGCCUCUCAUGGAGUACGAAGACGAUGAUACAAGCGACGAAGAUGACGACAGUGACGCCGACGACGAGUAAGCCAUCGCGUGCUUCGUAUUUAUAGUGAGUGUAUACUUAACGGCCGCCAUGCCAUAACUUAUCGAGUCCAACCGUGGGGGUAAUUAUAGUCA